AUGGGGAAGAACCAAUCGUUAACGCAUCAGAUUAAGAAAGAUAUCCUUCGGUUCAGAAAGAAAAUGCAAAAGAAAGACCGAGACUUAUCCAAGGUCCGAACCGACCUCAAGCGCUAUCUUCAUCAAGAAGGGCACACUCGCGUCAGUGAAGUAGAUAUCGAUCGCUGGUUAAAAAUGCACGCCUGGAUUCAGGUUCCGGGAAUGGUGCCGAACGGGGCGAGCGGUCCUUUCUUGAUGGAAGAGGUUGAGAAGGAGGACGCCGAAGAACUUUUACGACGAUCUGCUGAACUCCGAGGGAAGGAGGACUGCUUGCGGAGAGUUUGCCGAGUCGUCAUUGCUCGAAACGAUGAAGUCAUCCUGCCAUCGCCCAUUUCCGUAGUCGAAACAAAUAAUGAAGAACAAGAAAACGUUCCCGACAAGACGAAGAAGGCUGACGACGAGGCGAAAAACGACAAAGAACGGGGAAGCUGUGACAUUGCUCAAAAUUUCGAACAACUAAUCGAACUAGAUUGCGAUGAUGACGACGAGGAAAACGAAAACUUCCUGGCGACACAUGCAGAAGAGGUCGUGCGUAGGGUCGGCAAAGCGGAUGGAAUCCCACCACAAGUAAUCACAAUAGAUGAUGAUGACGACGAGAAAAACGAAAACGUCCUGGCGAAAAAAUCAGAAAAGCGUGUUAGGAGAAGUUAUGGGGUCGGCAUGACUGGAAAAGCGAAAAAAAUCUUAGUGAUCACAAUAGAUGAUGAUGACGACAAGGAAAAAGAAAACGGCCGGGCGAAAAAAUCAAAAAAAUGUUUUGUACGAAGAAGUUAUGGGGUCGGCAUGACUCGAAAGGCGAAAGGAUUCUCACCACCAGUGAUCACAAUCGAUGAUGAUGACGACGUGAAAAAAGAAAACUACUACCCGGCGGAAAAACCGAGAGAAUUGGUAUGGAGAAAUUUCCUUGCUGGAAAAUCGGAAGAAAUCCCACCAGUUCAGGUGAUCACAUUAGACGAUGAUGCCGAGGAGGAAAAAGAAAACGACCAACCGAAAAAAGAUGACAUUGGCGUCGAUGAAAAGGUUAUUGGGGCUGAAGACAAAGCUGGUGGGGUUAAAGAUGAUGGCUUGGAAGCUGGACUAGUUGAUGAUCCUCAAGAACGCCUGGAAAUAUUAGCUAAUGCAUUUUUUGAGGACCUCUUUGGAUUCACCUAUAUUGCCGAAGAAGUAGACCCAUACCUGGAUUCUCUAUGUCAACUACUUGAUUCUGCUUAAAAAGCUCAUUCGAAACCUGGAAUGGUCAGAUCUACAACAUUUCCUGCCACAACCCAACGGGCAAAGGCAUAGGAAUUCCCUACGAUUUCGAGAUAAAAAAGCCUCUCGAUUCUAAGCGAGGGUAGCUCGAAAAGAUCUCGAAUUUACAGUUAAAUGUCCAGCGAGACCUAAGGAAAUCCUCUCGAUUAUUCGGAGAUAUUGGCGACACGAUUUCCAGCAUUAAUCGACGAGAUUUCGUAUUUGCCUGAAUAUCGAAUUCCUCUCGAAUUUUAUGCGAUUUCAUUGGGAUUAAAAAAGUAGCAUACAAAAUACAUUGCAUUGUUUGUGUCUUAAUUUAUUUUACAACAAAUAACUACCAAUACAAUUUGUAUCAAAAAAUUAAUAAGUUAAUGAUAUAAUUUAUAAUUUUAUCUUCACUCAGGAUUGCCAGGUUGAGCAGCUACAUUUCUAAAUAAUAAUAAAAUAGUCCAUACAUUAUACAACGAUUCAAUUUGAUAUAUAUUCAUAGAAAUAUAUAUAUUAAUUUAAUGUUUCUGUACUUACCUCCUUUGUCUAACUCGAUCAUGGGCUUGCUUCAAAACAGUCGGAAGCACUUCAUAAUACUUAAUCAAGGUUGCUUCUCCAGAUGUCCGUGGAUUUCUCAUCAGUGCAUC